AUGCAAGACUCUCUUCCAACGGCAGAGAUGAAGGUGGAGGAUGGGUUGCAUGAUGAAGAUGGCGAUGAAUCCAAUAAGCGUCUCCGGGAGCUAGGCUAUCGCGUCGAAUUCAGAAGGGAGAUGUCCUUCUUCGGCGUCCUAGGCAUGUCGUUCUGUGCCAUUGGAAUAUUGACGGGAAUGAGUAGCGCAUUUCAGACGGGCUUGUUUUCGGGCGGUCCCCUAGGACUCUUUUGGGGUUGGAAUAUAUGCUCAUUGUUCAUGUUAUUCAUAGCUUUGAGUUUGGCAGAAAUUUGCAGCGCAUAUCCAACCAUGGGAGGCUUAUAUUUUUGGGUUUGCAAAAUGAAACCUGACGCUCCUGCGCUUGGCUUCUGUACUGGAUGGAUAUAUACGAUUGCUAUGGUUCUCACAGGAACAUCUGGUAAUUUGAGUGUAGCAUUAUAUAUCGCGUCACUUGUAGAAAUAGGGCAACAGACUACACUUAAGCGCGUGGAGAUUGCCGCUAUUGCAUGGGGCGUCAAUGUUGCAUCCGGCGUCUUGAACACUGUCGGAACAAAGGCCAUAGGUCGGAUGAGUUCAUUUAAUAUGUGGUGGACAAUAGGUGGUACACUGGUGCUUGUCAUCACACUUCUUGUCAAAGCACCCGACAAGAACUCUGGUGCCUUUGUGUUCACGGAUUACGAAAACUUUACAGGAUGGCAAUCGAAGGGAUUUGUUGUUCUGCUCGGAUUCUUGCAGGCAGUAUAUACUUUGGAGGGCUGUGAAACAGCAGCACAAGUCGCUGAAGAAGCACGUCGUGCAGAGUUCCUCGCGCCUGUAGCCGUUGUCGGGAGCAUUGUUGGCUCAUGGGUGGUCGGACUGGCCUAUAUGAUCGCCCUUCUUUUCUCGGUGCAAAGUAUUGCAAGUGUACAGUCUACAUCCUACGCCAUCCCCAUCGCACAGCUGUAUUUUGAUGCCGUCGGACGACGACUGACACUGAUGUGCCUUACAGUUAUCACGUUAGCUCAGUUCAUGGCCGCUGCCACCGCAUUCACAGCGAGUUCCAGACUUUUUUAUGCGCUGGCCCGUGAUGAGGCGUUUCCGAUGAAGCGCCACUUCAUGUCUUUGAAUAGAUUUCAAGCGCCAUAUGUCGGGGUCUGGUUGUCUGUCUUGAUAGGAUGCCUUAUAUCUUGCGCUUACAUAGGCUCCAUUAUUGCGUUCAAUGCAAUUUUAUCGUCUGCAGCAAUAUCGGUCAUGCUUGGAUAUUUGCAACCUAUCAUUAUCAGGGUCUUUUGGCCAUCAGCAAUGAAGGAACGCGGUCCCUUUCACCUUGGACAAUGGUCGUGGUGGAUCAAUUUGGCUAGCUUUGCGUUCAUCGUCUUUAUUUGCAUUCUGUUCAUCCUGCCUACUGCCAGCCCUGUUACCCAAUUCAACAUGAACUACUCCGUAGUGUCAAUCGGGGGUAUCAUGCUGAUUGUUGGGUUCACCUGGGCGUUUUGGGGAAGAAAGCACUUCAAUGGGCCAGUUCACACGCACCCCGGUUUCGGGACACCGUCCAAUGUCGCCGUCUCGGACUCAAAGAGAGUGUAG